AUUUCAAAUUUGGAGCCAUAUUAAGAGUAAGACUAGAGUGCGCUGACAUCAGUUUAGCUAUGACGCACGCAUCUGCAUGUGUCAUGUUAGUGAAGUGAUUUUGUUUACGCUCAAAGAUUAGUUUAUUUAAUUAAUUCACAAAUAUUUUUCUACUAUAUUUAUAGAAUAUAGAUUAUCGAUUAUAAUUAAAAGACAAUUUAUAAGUGUUAAAUAAGAUCCAAUUAAAUUUACCAAAAUAUUAAAACAUGAUCAAGAUCUAACCUUACUUCUACUCAUUGUCAAUAUGACAUCAUGUCAUAAACUCGCGAUGUGAAAUUAAUGAAUCAUAAAAUCUAGAAAAUGAAAUACGUAUCUUUGUUUUAUUACAAGAUCAGCAAUCGGAAUAAUCGAUGAAAAAAAUAAAAAUAUAAAUAUGGCUGCUAUAAUAUUACUGUUUUAUAUAAAUGUAGUAUUAGGACAGGAAUACGAAGGUUGUUUUAAGAGUCCUGCCGAGGAUCCUGAUUUAUCAUCCUUAAUUUCAAGUCGUAUUACUACACCCAUUGAAUGCAUCGAACAAUGUCAUUCUUAUGAUCACAUGUUUGCCGGAUUACAAAAUGGACAAAGAUGUUAUUGUGGUAGCAAGUUUGGAAAGAAUGGUUUGUCUGACGCUUGCAAUAUUUUAUGUACUGCAGAUACAUCUAAAUAUUGUGGAGGUCAAGAAGCUAUGAGCAUAUAUUCGACUGGACAAAAAGGUCCUAGUAGACCAAGAGUUAUUCAAAUAAUUCCUCAGAAAGAUAAUAACUUCUUAAUAACAUGGCAGCCGCCAGAUAUAUCUAAUGGAAAUAUUACAUCUUAUACGCUGACAGCUGUCGCUAUUAAAACUUACGCUUAUAACAUUUUACCACCAAUAGAAAGUCAAGUACAAGGUGGUACAUCUAAUAAUACUAUUUUAAGAGGUCUUCAACCUGGUACUAAAUACAACAUAUCCAUUUCUGCAAGUAACUCGCAAGGAAUUAGUAAACCAGCUUACGCUACCGAAUGGACAUCCAUAGGUCCACCAGAUAAACCAAUAACACCAAAAAUAUUAAAUAUAGAUAAAACUACUAUUACAGUUAUGCUUUCCGAGGGAAGUAGCGAAAAUGGACCAGUAAGUGCUUAUCAAGUCGUAGUAGUUCAACCUGGUAUAAUAUCACCUGUAGGUUCGGAUGUUAUGUAUUUCAAUUAUGAAAAAUCGUUUCAAGAAGGUUUAGGUUAUUAUAUAACAGCAGAAUUCGAUGCAUCAGACUUUCAUAAUUAUAAGAAAUUUGUGGUAGGGGAUGGAAGAUUAAUAGGCGGAUAUUACAAUGCUCCUCUUAAAAUUGAUUCCAUGAUGCCUCAAAUAGGAUUAGUUGUUAUAUCGAAAGCACAAAGAGAAGUGCAGUAUUCCUAUUCUAAUUUUACCAACAGUAUUAAAGAAUCUCAAAAGGAUGAAUUUUAUCAAAUGGAUCCUGACGCGAUUGUCUUUUUUUUACGUAUGGGAAUUAUUUUCUUGGGAUCGUUACUUAUUAUAUCUAUGCUAAUAUUUUACUUAGUAAGACGCCAUCAUGAAAAGGCACAUAUAAUCAAACUCCCGGAACAGCAAGAAUUGACUUUACAAGGACCGUUGCACGAAGUAGAUAACAUGGGAUAUAUUCCAGAAGAUAUACCAGAAAGGGUUAAUCAUUAUCAAGAAUUAAAGAAUAAAGUGUGGAGUAUACCACAAAGUAGUUUAUCGAUCAAUAAUGCGGUCUUGUGUAGAGGACGAUUUGGUACAGUUCAUUCUGGCACGGUACAAAAAGAUGAGCAAACUUGUUCCGUGGUAAUUCAUACUAUAGCUGAUCGUUCUUUAAAACCGUCAGAAAAGCAAGCUAUGUUAAGAGAGUUAGAUAUAUGUAUCAAAGCAUCAACGAUGAUGUAUCUUGCAGGUUUAGUUGGUACCUGUGAAACCUCGGAUACGUUAUACGUCGUUUUAGAAAUGCCUCCGCAAUUAUUGAAACAUUUAUUAUUAUCUGCUAGAUCUGGAACAAUAUUUCCAGUUGAUAAAAUAUUACCUAUAGGUUCUUCAAUCGCAUCCGCGUUAAAGCAUCUUGAAAAUUAUAAGAUCGUUCAUACUCAUUUAUGUGCUAGAAGUAUAGGCAUUACCAAUGAUUGGAUACCUAAAGUCAUGGGUCAUGGUAUUGCAAAGUAUAUCUUGGAAGACAUAAACUAUGCUCGAUGGAGGGCAAUAGAAUGUUUUACUAGUAAAAAGAAACAUCAGCCUGGUGUUGUCUGGGCAUUUGGAGUACUUUUAUGGGAAAUGCUUAGCAUGGGUGGAACUCCAUAUUCAAAUCUUUCAUUUGAUAGCGAAGUAGAGGAAGCCAUUGAACAAGGUAUCAGAUUACCACAAUUACCAGAUACGCCUGAUCCAUUGUACGAAGUGAUGUUGUCAUGCUGGCAAGUGGAUCCAGAAGAAAGGCCAACUUUUGACGAGCUUGAGAGAUUGAAUACUUUGAGUAUAUGUCCCAUCACUGCAUAUACGGAACCCUACAUUCCUGAGUUGGAGGUGAAUUAAUCUCGAUAAGUAUAUAAUAAUUAGAGUUACAUAUGAAUUAUUCAAUAUUUGUAGAUAUAAUGUGAAAUGGUUAGUACUUAAAAUCAUUAUAUCUACCUCAACCGACUUGCUCGACACGUAUGUUUGAAAGACUGAUAAACCAAUUUUUUGUUAUUUUUACAUUUAAAAAAAAAAUAAUUUGGACUUAGAAACAAUACUUAUAUAAUAUGUAUUUGAAAGAAAGAAUUAGGUUACAUUAAAGCAAAAUUCGUCUAAGUCGUAAGUAAAAUAAGUAAGUGAUUUACUAUUACAUUCGUAAACGGUAAAUCGUGCUGAUAUCUAUUGCACCAUAUCUAAUAUUUAUAUUUAUAAGGUGUUCGUAAAUUAAGCUUUUUAUACGCCAUAUGUAGUUACCAUUUAUAUACUCUAGACUAGAUGAUAUUUAAUUUCACUCAAUAUUUC